AUGGGUGGCAACCGUGGGCACGAGGGCACCCACGCCUAUAAAUCCCUAGCCGAGGAUGUCCCCUUCAGCUUUGUGGAGCCUCCUAAAAGAUCCACGGGCAGACUCAUCAUGCAUAGCAUGGCCAUGUUUGGCCGAGAGUUCUGCUAUGCGGUGGAGGCAGCUUACGUGACCCCAGUCCUGCUCAGCGUGGGCCUGCCCCAGAGCCUGUACAGCAUGGUGUGGCUCCUCAGCCCCAUCUUGGGGUUCCUGCUGCAACCGGUGGCUGGAUCAACCAGCGACCACUGCCGGUCCAGGUGGGGACGCCGGAGACCCUAUAUCCUCACUUUGUGCCUCCUGAUGCUUUUGGGCAUGGCUCUCUACCUCAAUGGGGAUGCUGUUAUAUCAGCUUUGAUUGUUAACCCAAAGAAGAAGCUGGUUUGGGACAUAAGCGUCACCAUGAUAGGUGUGGUUCUCUUUGAUUUUGCUGCCGACUUCAUUGAUGGGCCCAUCAAAGCCUACUUAUUUGAUGUCUGCUCCCAUCAGGACAAGGAGAGGGGCCUCCACUAUCAUGCCCUCUUCACAGGUUUUGGAGGUGCCCUGGGUUACAUUUUAGGAGCCAUAGAUUGGGCCCAUCUGGAACUGCGAAAACUGCUGGGCUCAGAAUUCCAGGUCAUGUUCUUCUUCUCUGCCUUGGUGCUCAUUUCGUGUUUUAUUAUUCAUCUGUGCAGUAUCCCUGAAGCCCCACUUAGAGAUGUUGCAAAGGACAUUUCCCCACAGCAAACCCUUCCGGACCCUCCGUUGUCAUCAAACAGAAUGUACGAGUAUGGUUCUAUCGAGAAAGCUAAAAAUGGUUAUGUAAACCCAGAGCUGGCAAUGCAGGGAGAAAGAAACAAAAAUCCUGCUCACCAGACUCAGAAGGCAAUGACCAUGAAGACACUGCUGAGGGAGCUGGCGAACAUGCCUCCCCACUACCGCUGCCUUUGCAUCAGCCACCUCAUUGGAUGGACCGCCUUCCUGUCCAACAUGCUCUUCUUCACAGACUUCAUGGGCCGGAUUGUGUACCACGGGGACCCCUACAGCGCACACAACUCCACGGAGUUCCUCACCUAUGAGAGAGGGGUCGAGGUCGGAUGCUGGGGUUUGUGUAUCAACGCCGUGUUUUCCUCACUCUAUUCUUACUUUCAGAAAUUUAUGGUAUCCUACAUCGGAUUAAAGGGUCUUUACUUCCUGGGGUAUUUGUUGUUUGGCCUGGGGACGGGAUUUAUUGGGCUCUUCCCAAACGUCUACUCCACACUGGCCCUGAGCGCCCUGUUUGGUGCAAUGUCCAGCACUCUGUAUACUGUGCCCUUUAACCUCAUUGCCGAGUACCACCGCGAAGAGGAGAAGGAGCAAAGGCAGCAGACCCCGGAAGGGGACCUGGAUGGCAGCAGCAGAGGAAAGGGUGUGGACUGUGCUGCCCUCACCUGCAUGGUGCAGCUGGCUCAGAUCCUGGUUGGAGCUGGCCUGGGCUUUCUGGUCAACAUGGCUGAGAGCGUCGUCGUUGUGGUGAUUGCGGCCUCUACAAUGUCACUGAUUGGCUGUUGCUUCGUGGCUCUCUUUGUUAGAUAUGUGGAUUAG